AUGGCGCUUCCCAUGCCAGAACCCACCGUCCCUCCACUCCCCCUGCUGCAAUAUCAAGUGCUGUCCUUCGACAUCUACGGCACCCUGGUCGAGUACAAAGCACACAUCCUGGCUGCUUUCCGACCCUUACUCUCACGCUUACCUUCGUCAUCGCCUUAUCUCGACUCGACACCCUUAUCAACGACCAUCCGCGACUCGGCUACCGUCGGAUCCGUCGAGUUCCUCAAGCUCUUCCAGCGGCACGAGGAUGCGAUCAAACUGGAGAAGCCCGUGAAGCGCUUCGACAAGAUCCUCCGCGAGAUAUGGCGCCGCAUCGCUUCCGACCUGGACGUGGCGUCGACCGAAGAAGACGCCGAGCGGUUCGGCAGUGAUGCCGUGAUCGCCAGCUGGCCCACGUUUCCGGGGACGUUGAACGCACUCAAGCAGCUGAGCAAGCAUUAUCGGCUCGUGGCGCUGUCCAAUGUCGACCGCUACGCUUGGUCGAUCACGGCCUCGAGCCCGGUCAGUGGUCUGGGUCAUGUGGACUGGUGGAAGGUGUUUACGGCGGAGGAUUUCGGCGACGACGCCAAACAGGCCGACGAGGCUAAACUCGAGACGCUGGUCGAGUAUUGCGCCAGACAUGGCGUCGGGAAAGACAAGAUUUUGCACGUCGCCCAGAGCCUGGGCCACGAUCAAGCCCCCGCCAAAAGGCUCGGGCUGAGUAGUGUCUGGCUGGUCGGAGAUGGGCCGAGAUGGGGCAAGGAGGCCGAGAGUAAGAUGGCUCUGGACAAGAAACUGGUCGGGUAUGCCUGGCGGUUCCAGGAUCUGAAGGAAUUCGCUGAUUAUGUCGAGAAGACGAGCUCAGACGUAGACGCUGGUGCUUGA